CGAGACCGAGAUGUAGACGCCGAGAUAUGUCGCAGGCAAGUGCAGUGAACGACAAAGUAGCGAGCAAGCGAGAACAGCUGUCUUCGAUGUCCGUUUAACGUUUAAGAUGAAGAGCGUCGAGAUGCAGAACAUCAAAACAGAGCUCGGGGACGUCGCCGCUCCCGAGAACGCCUCUCACCAAGCACUCGAUGCCCCGCACUAUCGCCCGGCCGUCUACCUCCACCCCAGCAAGGCCUGGACGCCGCGCCGCUGCAUCUCCGCCGACCAGCACGGCGCGACCACGGCACCGGCACGGCAUUGCGCGGCUUCGGGAACGCGUCCAAUCGCGGACAUGCAUGUGCGCGUCUGCCCAAUGAUCGCGUCGCGAUGCAGGAGGCCGGCAAGCUUUGACUCUGCAUGCUUUGCAGCGAUUGUCGUGUCGGAUACGCGGGUAAACCCGAUCCAGCAACCAGCGAGCAACAUUCCAUCUCGGCCGGUCCCGGCCGGCCAUUUCGCGACGCGUGCCGACGCGCUCUAUCUGCGUCCACAACAUUCACUGAUCAAAAUAUCAUCGCGAGACUGCAUCUUGGCACCGGCAUUGGCCGCUUCUACGGCCGCCGGCUUACUCACUGUAGUUAUCUCAGCGUUGAGUUUCAUUGCCGACCGCUGGGGUUUAUCACGAACUGUGGCGCCCGCCUUUAAUGUAGGCAGCAGGGCGGGAGGACGACAGGUGAGUUGCCCAGAGGCCCAGACCAUGGACUGACCUCUCACCCACCACCCUCGCUUGACUGGGAUGCCAGACAGGCGAGUGCGUGCGAGAGGGCGAUCGGCAACCCGUUCUACGCACCGGGAUGCGAUUGAAGGUAGCCGAGAACUGAGCUUCAUUCCCAUCAAAGUAUGCAUCAAACCGGAC